CCAAAUUUGGUAAUUUGGCCGGCACUUGGCCAAAUCCUGUGGCCACAUCCUGUGAAAAUUCCUAUUCAGUGCACAUGUCCGUGUGCUUGUUUGCAGGAGAAAAUGGCGAGGGGUAUAAAUGUAAUUUGGCCUGUUGUACUCAUCAUCCUCGUAUCGAGCUCGUGCAGGAGAGCGACCAGUUUCACGCAGGCAUUUUCUCAAACAGAAGAGGGAGCUUGGAUGCAUGGAGGACGUAGCAGGAAGAGGUCGAGUUUAGAAUUGAAAGGCGGACCAGAUGAUGUGGCCUGGGUGGUUCAGCUCUCUGAUCUCCACUUUAGCAUACAUCAUCCCGAAAGAGCUCAUGACUUCAAGGCCAUCGUAGGCCCUACUCUCGCCAUGGUCAACCCUUCCUUGGUCUUUAUCACUGGUGAUCUGACCGAUGGGAAAAGCAAAGAUUUAUUAACAAUGAAGCAGGAUGAAGCAGAGUGGGUAGAAUAUCAGAAAGUAAUGGACGAUGUCAUUGAAAGAAGUGGGCUAAAGAGGAGCAAUUUCUAUGAUCUCAGAGGAAACCAUGAUAGUUUUGGUGUGCCGAAGACUGGCGGUUCAUUUGAUUUUUACUCUAAAUAUAGCAUCAAUGGGCAGCUAGGAAGAAGAGGACCAGUUAACAGUGUCACACUGGAGUUGUCAUCCACUUAUCCCUAUUCAUGUUAGCAACCUGCCUUAGUGAAAAUGCAACAUACCAUCAAGAACAUUUGGUCAAUUUUACAGUAUUGUGGGGCUAGUUGACUGGCGGGCACAAUCUACUUUUUGUUGAGUUCGACAGCUCCACAUCUUUAGGUUUGCGGGGUCCAACAAAUUUGUUUGGUCAUCCAAAUGACCAAUUGCUAACCGAUAUAAGCUCCGAGCUUUCACAAUUUGAUCCCCUACCUAGAAAACCUGUCAUUAAAAUUUCCCUCGGCCACUUUCCACUCUCCUUUUCUGCUGCAGCUUAUUCCGGAAGGACUUUAAAGGACAUAUUUCUGAUGCACUCCUUGUCAGCGUACUUGUGUGGGCAUCUCCAUACAAGGUUUGGGAAUAAUUUGAAGCGGCAUCAUGAAUCAAAUCACCAACAAUUCUUUCAGUUGAAUGGACAAGGGUUACCUGUUGAAACACCUAAUGAGUUUUCUCUCAAGGGAAGAUAUGAAUUUUGGGAGUGGGAAGUAGGUGAUUGGAGGAAGAGUAGAGCUAUGCGCAUUUUGGCCAUUGAUAGAGGUUGGAUUUCAUUUGUAGAUGUUGACUUCAGAUCCGGGGCAAAGAAAACAAUCAUAUUGCCUACAUUUCCCCUUGAUUCUCGCUUUAUCUCAGACAAGCAGUUUCAGAGUAAUGAAUCUCUGUAUGUGGACCCUCUACUUUAUAGUGAAAUCAGAGUUCUCUUGUUUUCCUCUUCUCCAAUUGUAUCUGUUGUAGCCAGGAUUUAUGACUCGAGGCCUGGUAAUCUCAUUGUUGUAUUUGAGUCUCCUAUGAAGAAAACUGGGAAUGCCCUAUCCAGGGGAGACCUGUAUACUUGUCCAUGGAACUAUAAAGCCUUUGAAGAUCCAUCUCCUGAACGAUUCUUGUUGAAAAUUGAAGCGCUUGAUAUUAGUGGCCACUCAACAUUGACUGAACUACGGCCCUUUUCCAUUAGUGGUCAGCGAGCAAAGCUCGGAUGGAGUUGGAAAGAGUUUUUCGUUAUGGGUUGUCAAUGGGAUGCUUUAUAUUACCCCAUCUUGUGGUCCUUUUACUUUUUUGCCCUAUCCAUUCUUCUGAUUCCAAAAGCUACCUUAGUAUUUUUCAGAAAACAAUAUGCAUAUAAAAAACUGAUUGCCAACAGAGGGUUAUUAAACUACACAACCCGGACUCUUGUGGACAUAUACAGUGUUCCUCGGCUGUGGUAUUGCAUGGUCAGUUACUUGUUUUACCUCAUAUUAUGUCCUUGGCUUUGUGGCCAAGUUCUCAUGGAAGGAGAAAGAGGAUACAUGACAUAUCAAGGUUGGAUAUUGAGAUCCAAUACAAAUGAAAUGCCAAGUGAAAAGCCAAGUGUUUUUGGGUUUCCAGAUGUAAUGGUGGUUGUGCUUCCACAUCUUUGUUUUGUUGUUUUGCCUGCAAUCUUGGUUAUGGUAGCAUUUUUGGUUGAAAGAGGAAUAUACCAAGAUUCUCUCCGGUCACUUUCUAGGAAAAAAGAUGAUUCUGAUGUGAAGAGUAAUGAGAUAUCUUCAUCCACAUGUGGAAGAGGUGACUAUAGAUUCGUACUUCUCCGUGUGCGGUUGAUUAGGAAGAUAGUACUGAUUAUAAGUCUGGCAAUAUGUUGGUAUCAUUUUCUGGUAAGCUAUUUUCCUCAUUUUAUUUAAUUUUAGACUUUAAAGUUUUUUUUUGUUUUUUUUGUAAAUAGGGUUUGUUUGGAUGAUCCCUCAAUCAAAUUAACAUCCACACUCAAUCAAGUUAAAAACAAACCCGGGUUGAAGUCCGAUGUCAAUAUAAUUCGAUAUUCUGCUCCUAUUUUUUGAAAUGUCAAGAUAUAGACACAGUACUUUCCUUGACCCUUUUUAGAUGGAAUUGCUUUCUGGUUAGCAUCUCUGUAGUACACAAACUAAUGGAAUCCAUGGAGCAAGAGUUCAAGACUAAUACAGGAUGUUCUUAUUCUGAAACUCAGUUUUCGGUUUCUUAGGGUUCUCUAGAUAAUUUCCCUCUUUAAUAUUCACAAUUCAUAUUUGUUUAUUUCAAAAUAGGGAAAAAGUGCAAAUAGGCCCAUGUACUAACAAAAAAAGGUCAAAUAAGCCCUUAUUUAGGAAGUUCUGUCCGGCCGUCGUCAUUUGGGGUGGUUCCUGGUGGAUUUUUUUGAUGAAAUUUUUUGAACAUCUUAUUCAUCAAGUCUAGUUUGCUCAUACCAAAUUUCAGCUAAAACUUCAAUCGGGAAGGCAUUCAAAUGAAUUCUUGAAAAUAACUGCGCAGUUAGAAGCGCAGUUAUCUUCAAGAAUUCAUUUGAAUGCCUUCCCGAUUGAAGUUUUAGCUGAAAUUUGAUAUGAGUAAACUAGACUUAAUGAAUAAGAUGCUAAAAAAAUUUCAUCAAAAAAUUCCACUGGGAACCACUCCAAAUGGCGACGGCCGGACAAAGCCUCCUAAAUAAGGGCUUAUUUGACCUUUUUUGGUUAGUACAUGGGCCUAUUUGCACCUUUUCCCUUCAAAAUAUAUGAUUUUUUAUGGAUCAACUAAGAGUAAAAACUGGUGUCUAAUUUACCAUUCGUCCAUAUUAACACUUUUUUUUCCUGCAGAAUUGCAGAGAUCUUUGUAAAGCGUAUGACAUGAAUCCAUUUAUCCAUUUCCCAAUUUAUAGCAUGUCGGUACCACUUCUGUUGGCUUACACCAUCUACAGAACUCGCAGAAUUUGAGCGGAAAGUCGUGUAAUUAAGACGUUUGUCAAGUUUUUGGCGAGUAUAAUUUGUUUUUCUUGUUAUCCAACGAUCAAAUUUUCUUGUUUAUCACUUAUUCCAUGAUAAGCAUAUGUAUUUUCCUAUCUGAGCUCAAACAGUAUAAACAAUCACUUUGUUGCCUGGGAAUGCCAAUUCUUAAAACAAAACUAACAUUUGUUUGUCUAUAUAAUAAUACCAUUUCGUCAUUUCAUGGCCGAC